AUGAUAGUUGGAAAAAGAGAUCAUCACCAGAGAAUGGAGAUGGCAAAACCUUUGAGAUCAUUGAUUGAUAAAUUAACUACAUGCGAUAUCAAUGAGUUGCCACAAUAUUUACAAGAGAAUUUCAAAUGGCAAAGACCUAGAGGUGAUUUGAUUCAUUGGAUACCAUUAUUAAAUCGGUUUGACGAGAUUUUUGAACAGAAAAUUGAAAAAUACGGGUUAGAUAAAGACAAUGUAAAAUUGCUGUUAGUUUCACCUGAAGAUGAACGUCUUAUUGUUUCCUGUCUUCAAUUCACUUAUAUCUUGUUGGAUCAUUGUUUUGAUAAACAGGUUUAUUCAAGUAGUGAAAGAAUCUACGCAUUGAUCAACUCAUCAUCUUUGGAAAUUAGAUUGAGAGCAUUGGAAGUGGGUAUUGUCCUUGCAGAAAAAUUUGUUCAAACUACUUCGUCAAGGUUUUCUGCGCCUAAACCUGUUAGAAACAAAGUUUUGGAAAUUGCUAAAUCUUUCCCUCCAUUGGUUCCUAUUGAUAGUACAUUGAAACAAUUAGCCGAAAAUAAGAAAAAUAAUAACCACAGAGAUACUGAUGAAAAGCCUAGUAUUAUUGGUGAUCAUUAUAACUUUGUCUAUACAUUGGAUCCAGAGAAAAAAUAUCCAAGCAAAUGGAAAAGUAUAAAUUACCAAUACUACAAAUCAGUACCUAAUACUCCAACUUUAAAUAAAAAUGCAUCGAAACUGAAAUCUAAUGAUAAAAAGAAGGAAGAUACAGUAACUGAAGGGUUACACAUAUUUCAUUUACCUGAAGAAUCAGUGAGAAAAUUGACUGUUCAACAAUUGUUCGAAAAAGGUAUGGAAGUUUUACCUCCGGAAUCUUGGUUUUGUUUUGGUAUACACGCUCAAAUGACUAAAUCAUUCAACUCUACAAGCAGUGAUGCCAUGCAGUUGAGAGAAAAAUUGAUUCAAAUUAAAUGUCUAGCAGUUGGAUUUACUUGUUGUAUGUUAUCAUCUCAAGUCACUUCAACAAAAUUAUUUGAAACUGAACCAUAUAUCUUUAGCUUUUUAGUCGAAGCAAUACUGCCAGAAAACUCAUCUUUGGUUUCAAGAGACGUUUACUUUGCUGCCAUAAGAGCUCUAGAGUGCAUAUCUUUCAAAAAAGUUUGGGGUGCAGAGUUGAUUCGUACAAUGGGAGGUAAUGUGAGUCAUGGGAUCCUAUUCCAAUGCUUAAGACACAUUUGGAAAAUGGUCAAAGAUCAGAAAGAAGACUAUUUUGAAGAAGGGUACAUUCACUUUUUCAACUUGAUAGGAAAUUUGAUUAGCAACAAAAGUUUGGUUCCUAAAUUAACUGCUGGUGGUAUUCUUGACGAUUUGAUGCCAUUUUUGAACUUACCCACUAAAUAUCGUUGGAGCUGUUCUGCUGCAGUUCAUUUGAUUACCAUGUACCUAGCUUCCGCCAAGGAUUCUCUUGAUGAAUUUGUUACUAAUGAUGGUUUCACUUUGUUGAUCGGUAACAUUAGACGUGAAGUUGAUUUUGCAUUAGAAAAUCCUGAAUUUGGUGGCGGGGCACCAAAAGAUGCUAUUGUCUAUUAUUCGAUCACUUUGAGACAAGCAAACUAUAUCCGCAAUUUGAUGAAACUAGUAGCAGAUCUUAUACAAUCAGAUCUGGGUGAUAGAUUGAGAAAUUUGUUUGACUCACCCUUACUUGAAAGUUUCAAUAAAGUAUUAACACAUCCCCAUGUUUUUGGCCCAUCUAUUUUGGCGGCCACAAUUGAUUCGGUUUUCUUUAUUAUUCAUAAUGAACCAACAGCAUUUUCUAUUUUAAAUGAGGCGAAAGUUAUUGACACCAUAUUGGAUAACUACGAGAGUUUGUUUUUACCAUCUGGUCCAUUACUCCAAAUAUUACCCGAAGUAUUAGGAGCCAUUUGUUUGAAUAAUGAAGGAUUAAAUAAAGUGAAAGACAAAAAACUCAUACAGGUUUUCUUCAAGUCAUUCUACAACUUGAAUAAUGCCAAAGAGUUGGUUAGAACAGAGCUGUCGACUAAUUUAGGUUGUUCCCUUGAUGAGUUGGGAAGACAUUAUACAUCUCUUAAACCUAUAAUUUUGCAACAACUCCUGGAGCUAAUUGAGAAUAUGAGUGAAUAUGUCAAUCAACGCUUGCCAGGUAUUGAGUUUUAUACAUCAGACUCGGGCUCUUUGUUUUCAGGUAAGGGCGAUGACUCACCAGUCAAAGUUGAAAAUGGUAAAGAGAUCACUAGCUGGGAGAAUGAGGAUUCUGCAUAUUUGCUUGAUAAUGUUUUUAACUUUCUUGGUGGGUUGUUACAGGAUAGUGGCCAAUGGGGUACAGAUGUUAUUCAGAAAAUUAGCUUCAAAUCAUGGAUCAAAUUAUUGACAUUGCGUAACGCACCAUGGGAUUAUUCAAUGUCAAAUGGUAUUGUUUCAUUUAUGGGGAUUUUGAAAUAUUUUGACGACGAAAAAAGAGAAUAUGGCUUACCUGUUAUUAUUGAAGAAUUGGACAAGACCCUUAAAUUGGAUUCCGUACUAUCUUAUAUCAAAUACAAGGGAGAAGUGUCAUAUUUUGAAACCAUUGAACCUCAACAAGCUACUAUCCUUUUACAAGAUUUGAAUAUAAUAAACGUCUUGUUGUAUUCUUUAACGGAAAUUUACAUUAACUUGGGGCUGUUAUUCAAUGAAAGAUUAGGUCAAAUAGUCAGCCUUUUUUCGAAUUCAAAUUUGUUAAUGAAUUUGGUCCAACUAUUGGAGAGAUCUAUAAUUGAAGAAGCCAUUAUUGUAUCAAAUACACCGGAUGAAGUGUUAAAGAUGACGCACAAUUUUCCUAACGAUAGUCCACCAUUACAAAUAAAUGUCUGUGACCCUUCAGAAAUCAAAGCGGAUACUAAAGGUACAAGUGCUAAAUUCAAAAAUACUUUGCAGUUGAGAACUGGAAGUUAUUACUUUCGUGGCUACAUCCCGUUAAUUUUGGCUUCUGUGGUUAGGUCAUGCAUACCAAAGAGACAGGAUCAUGCAGAAGGACAAGCAAGACAGGAUGCAGUAGAAAUUCUUUUAUCAUUGGGAAAAGAAUUUACAGAUUCCAUUGGCAGAAAAUUCAACAAUUCCUACUAUGAGGAGAGUUUUAUUUUGAAUAUUGCUUAUGUUGCCCUUUACAUUUUGAAUCAAAAAGAACGUAGCAAAGACCAAGUAUAUACCCCUUUUGCUAUCUCUCUUUUCCAAAAUGGAUUUUUCAAAGUUGCUGAAGCCACCUGUAUCUCAUUAUGGAACAAAUUGUUGAUCAUGGACCCUGAAUUAGCCUCAGCCACAUUAGACUUGAAAUAUAUCAGUACUCAAGAGAGUAGUAUCAUCAAAAAUGCAUUAGGACAAAUUCUCAUGAUUUUUGCUAAAACUGUGAAUCACGAAAAUAUUCCUAAUGUGCCAUUCGCCAAGUUUUACUUUUACCAAGGAUUUGAAUCUAAUAUAGAACAGUCUUUGACUUCAGCAUUAUUGUUGCAAAUUAGAAGUGUUGCUUUAUCAUUAGUCGAGCAUACUGUCGGUUCAAAAUCUCAGUUAACAGGCACAAAUAAGCAUCCAGAUAAUGUCCCAACUCCAUUAAUUGAACAAAUAGCCGUUAUUAUUAAGGAUAUAUUUGUUGGCAAGAAAGAACUAAGUGACAGUGAAUUUAUCCCCUUUGAUACGAGGAACAUUAGUCCACCACUGGAUCAAUUUGCUUAUUUGAUUUCACUUGGUAUGUCGGAAGAUCAAGCAGCACAUUUUUUUGAACACGGAUGUAAUUUGAGUGAUAUUGCGUCAGGAAAAUUUCUUAGAUGUGUUGAAAUUGAUUUGAAAGAAGAACAAUGGCAAUCUAUUGCUGAAUCUAUUAGAGAUGAAAAAAUUGAUUUCUCCAUUGAUUUUGAGAAAUUCAAACUGACAAAGGAUAUUUUGAAAGAAAGAAAAGCUGUAGACUUUGAAAAUAUAUGGAUGAAUAUUGCUCAACUGUUUCCAAAGUCUAUUCUGUUCAUUUCAGAUUUUAUAAUGUUGGUUUCCUAUAAAGAGUUUUAUGAUGAAAUGUUGGAUUAUACACCAAAAAUCAAAUGGCCAAUUGAAGACAAAGAAUUGUUUGGGAUCAAUUUGUACAUAAUUGCUCUCUUGCUUCAAACUGGAAAGCCACAUAUUCAUAGACGCGAUAUAAUGUUGAAUGCUCAGACUUUGAUUAAUCCUGAUAUUAUUAGUACCGACACGGUCAAUGAAAAAUUCUUCCCAAGUUUGUUAUUGGUAUUGGAACGAAUGAUGAUUCUCUUGGAGGAGCCUGAACAUGAAAUGGCACCUGAGUUACCUUUUACAAUACAGAAAAAAAAGGAAUUUGAUGUUGCCACUAAGGAAUUCAAAGCUAAAACAUUUGAUUUAUUGGUGAAGCUUGAAGUUAAGGAUAAUUUGGAAUCCGCGUAUGGUCUAGCACGUGUCCUUGUGUUGUAUGCCAGAGACAAAAGUUAUGCUGAUAGACUUGCUGGAUCGCAAAUUCUUAAAGAUUUACUCAAGUUGGUUAGAACAAAUGUUAAGAGGAAAACUGUCAUUGAAGCAUUGAGGACUAGUGUUAUCUUGAUUUUCCGUUACUGCUUUGAAACAAGUAGGAUGGCAGAAAAUAUCAUGAAUAUUGAAGUGACUGCAUUGUUUAAUAAUCCUAUACGUCAAAUUAAAGAUCUUCACGCUUGUUUGAGAGAAAGCGCACCUUUGGUAUUUCGAGACAUUGAUAUGGCUGUUGGAGUUAUUUGUAAUAAUAUUUUGCUCGAAGGAUAUACAGGCGAAGAAUCUUAUCUGAGCAAGAUUGCAAUAAGAAAGAGAAAGAACGAUGAGUUGCUGCAAGAUGUUGAAAUGAGCGAGCCUGAAGAAUCGAAGCCAUUGGUUUCUACUACGAUCAUAAACCAGCUUUUAUCGGAAUUGAUGAGUGCUAUCAAAACAGAUUGGUUGUCUGAUCCAUCAACCGUUGAAGAAAAAAAAGAUACAAAAAAAUCAACUGUCGAUUUGUUUGCUAACGAGAAGUUUUCGUAUGUAUGUUUUCUUCUUAAAACAAUAGCAGAAUUGGUUGGUUCAUACAAACAAGCCAAGUUGGAGUUUUUGACAUUUUCGAAAAAGACUCAAGAAGAAGUCAAACCAAGAGCAACUGCAUUAAAUUUUUUCAUUCAUCAAUUGAUACCUACUCAUCUGUUGGAGUCAUCAACAGGGGCAGAGUUUGAAAGACGAUGUGCUAUUUCGUCCAUUGCAAAAAUGUGUCUUUUGAGUUUGGUUUCUUCUACAAUUUCAGGUGAUAAUGACAGUUCUAAAGCAAAAAAGGAAGAUGCUGAUUUGGCAUUAAUUAGAAGGUUUGUUGUUGAUUUGAUGAUGAAAAUCUUGAAAGAUGUUUCUCAGCUGAACACCUUAGGAUCUAUCAAAUACGGGAAAUUGUUGGAUUUGUUUGAAUUGAGUGGUCUGUUGAUUUCAACUAAAUUCAGAGAUUCAGUUGGACCAUUGUUGAAUAAACAAGCAACACAAUAUGACCAAUUUCACAUUAGUAAAAUAUAUAUUGAAAAACAAGUGCCCAAUUUGUUAACCAAUUUAAUUGCUGAAUUUGAUUUGAAUUUUCCUCAAAUUGAUAAGGUGGUUAAGGCUGCUUUGAAGCCAAUGACAUUCUUGGGGAAAAGUAAAGUCGAGUAUGAAGAACUUUUUGCUGGUGAUGCGAAUCAAGGUGAUCAUAAUGACGACGAUGAUAAUUUGCCAGAGGACGUGGACUAUCAUGAAGAAACGCCAGAUUUGUUUAGAAAUUCUACUUUGGGAAUGUAUGAUGUUGAGAGUGAGGGUGACGAUGAGUUUUAUGAUGCCGAGGAUCCCGUUGAUGCCAUGAUGACUGGUGAGGAUUUAUCGGGUGCUAGUGACGAUGGUGAUGAUGAUGACGACGAAGAUGAUGAUGGUGACGACGAUAUUGAUGAUAUGUCUUCUGAACUAUCUGCCAUUGACUCGGACUUGGAUGGCGGAGAUAAUGCCGAUGAUAUAGAAAUGGAGAUAGAAGUGGACCCGUAUGAUGACGAAAGGGGCUCUGAGGAUAUUGAUGAAGACGCAUCUGAUAUGGAGGAUAUCGAGAUAAUUGAUGAUUUGGAUUUGGUAUCGCAGACUGACGGUGACGAUGACGGUGACGAUGAUGAUGGCCGCGAUGAUGAAGAAGAUAGCUCCUCUUGGGAUGAUGAUGAAAUGAGUGAGUAUGAUGAAGAUGAAUUAGAUGGCUGGAUCGAGCAAUUAGAUGAUAGUGAAGAUUCAAACGAUGAGGUGCAGAGUCGUAGAAGACCUCGGGAUCCCUUUACUUCUUUGAAUAAUGAUGCAGAAUCUGGUUUGAGGCAACGUUUGUUUCUAGACGGAGAGGCGGAUUUUGAUGAUGAUAAUGCUAUUGAAUCAGAUGGGGAAUUGAGUGAAAUGGACUCGAGACUGGAUUUUGAGGUUAGGAUGGUGACCCCAAGUAGAGGUAGAAGAAGGAGAAUUCUCGACCGAGCUGAUUUUAAUGAGUUGGAAAGAGCUUCCCCGGCAUUGAGUGUAUUGCUUGAUGGAUUAUUCCGUGAUCGGAAUUUUGGAUCAAUUGAAAUAUCACGAUAUGAACAUUUAAACCACGAUACAAGUACUAUAGGUCGGUUAUUCGAGAACAUGAUGCAUUUAGGUCGUGUUUCAAAGCAUUCUAAUCAAGAUAACAAAUUACAUAUCAAGUCGACUUUGGAACGUUGGUCAGAUGUUUUGAAAAUGUAUUAUCCUAGAGAUGGUGGUGAUCUAGUCUAUCCAUUGACUACUACAAUUAUCGGUAGGAUUAAAGAUGAAAGUCAAGCUAUUGCUAAUCGUAAAAAAGAAGAGCAAGAGAAAGCAAAGAAGGAACGAGAAGAAAAAAGACGCAAACAGUUGGAAGAAGAAGAAAAAAGACGUCAAGAGGAAUCUCGUCAGCGUCAAGAAAGUACAGCUAAUGUGCCUGAAAGAGAGCCUGUUAUGGUUCGAAUUGGAGAUAGAGAUGUUGACAUUAGUGGAACUGAAAUCGAUCGUGAUUAUAUUGAAGCAUUGCCUGAGGAUAUGAGAGAGGAAGUCUUUGCUCUGUACGUACGAGAAAGAAGGGCAAAUGCCUCGUCUACGGAUACAGAUGUUCGUGAAAUUGAUCCUGACUUUUUAGAUGCCUUGCCGGACAAUAUAAGAACGGAAAUUCUUCAGCAGGAAACCAUGGCAAGACGAUUUGCAAAUUUUGAAUCGUCCUCCGCUCAAGAUGAGUUUGAAGUUGAUGAUGCUGGUGAAGAAGAUGUCUUUGAAGAUGCAGACGACGCGCGACCAUCGGGUUCUGGACGUAGUAGUAGUGCUGCUACUACUCGAGCUCAAAAGAAGCCUGCAGGUAAAGUUUAUUUCAGUCCUUUGGUUGACAAACAGGGUAUUGCUGCCUUGAUCAGACUUUUGUUUUCACCAUUGACAAUAAGCCAGAGAGAGCACAUUUAUCACGCAUUGCAAUACAUGUGUUAUAACAAACAGAGCAGGAUUGAGAUAAUGAGUUUGAUGAUUGCUAUAUUGAAUGAUUGCUUUACUAAUAACCGCCCUGCUCAGAAAGUCUACACCCAAGUUUGUAACAAAGCAGGUGGAAACAAAGACAGUAAGCAGCAGUACAAGCUACCAGUUGGUGCUACUCAAAUUUCUGUUGGUAUACAAAUUGUGGAAGCUGUUGAUUAUCUAUUGGAACGAAAUAAUCAUUUGAAGUACUUUUUGUUAACUGAGCAUGAAAACACGUUUAUUCUCAGAAAGGAUAAAAAGAGUGCUUCUAAAGAAUCAAAAUUCCCGAUUAACUACAUGUUGAAAAUUCUUGAUAACAAGUUGGUUACAGACGAUCAAACGCUUUUGGAUAUAUUGGCCAGAGUAUUCCAAGUUGCCAGUAGAGCGUUGCAUGCAUUGAAAAAUAGUGCAAAUGCUGAUGAUAAGGAUGAUGACAAGGAAAACGAAAAGGAAAAGGAAAAAGACAAGCCACAUGCUCCUCCUCCGCCUGUUAUUCCAGAUUCUAAUUACCGACUUAUUAUUAAAAUACUUACUGGUAAUGACUGUUCUAACACGACAUUCAGAAGAACAAUAAGUGCAAUGCAGAACUUUUCUGUAUUACCUAACGCUCAAAAACUAUUUUCUUUAGAAUUGUCGGAUAAGGCAAGUGAAUUGGGGCAAACCAUUAUAACUGAUUUGAAUAACUUGACCAAAGAGUUGGUAGCUGGUGGAGGCUCUGAUAGCAAGUCAUUUUCCAAAUUCAGUGCACAUUGGUCAGACCAAGCAAAAUUGUUGCGUAUCUUAACAGCUUUGGAUUAUAUGUUUGAAAAUAAGGAGAAGAAUAAAGAAAAAGGAAAAGAAGAUGAAAUUGAAGAAUUGACAGACUUGUACAAAAAGCUUGCUUUAGGUAGUCUUUGGGAUGCAUUAAGUGAGACCUUGAGAGUUUUGGAGGAGAAACCACAGUUGCAUAAUAUCGCAAAUGCUUUACUUCCACUUAUUGAGGCUUUAAUGGUGGUUUGUAAGCACAGUAAAGUGAGAGAACUCCCAAUCAAAGAUAUUUUAAAAUAUGAAGCCAAAAAGAUUGACUUCACCAAGGAGCCAAUUGAGUCAUUAUUUUUUUCUUUCACGGAUGAACACAAGAAGAUUCUUAAUCAAAUGGUGAGAAGCAACCCCAAUUUAAUGAGUGGUCCGUUCGGAAUGCUAGUUAGAAAUCCACGUGUUUUGGAAUUUGAUAACAAAAAGAAUUAUUUUGACAGGAAAUUACACCAAGACAAAAAAGAGAACCGAAAAAUGUUGGUUAGCGUUCGCCGUGAUCAGGUAUUUUUAGAUUCUUAUAGGUCCUUGUUUUUCAAGCCAAAGGAUGAGUUUAGAAACUCAAAAUUGGAGAUUAAUUUCAAGGGAGAGCAAGGUAUUGAUGCUGGUGGUGUAACUAGAGAAUGGUAUCAAGUUUUGAGUCGACAAAUGUUUAAUCCUGAUUAUGCAUUGUUUACACCAGUUGUAUCUGAUGAAACCACUUUCCAUCCAAACAGGACUUCGUAUAUUAAUCCUGAACAUUUAUCUUUUUUCAAAUUCAUUGGGCGUAUUAUUGGUAAAGCUAUUUACGACAACUGCUUUUUGGACUGUCAUUUUUCACGAGCCGUGUAUAAGAGGAUAUUGGGUAAGCCUCAAUCUUUGAAGGAUAUGGAGACUUUAGAUUUAGAGUAUUUCAAAUCAUUGAUGUGGAUGCUUGAAAAUGACAUUACUGAUGUUAUCACUGAGGACUUUUCUGUUGAAACAGAUGACUAUGGUGAACACAAGAUAAUCGACUUGAUUCCUAAUGGUAGAAAUAUUCCUGUUACUGAAGAGAAUAAAAACGAGUACGUUAAGAAAGUUGUUGAAUAUAGAUUGCAAACAUCUGUUGAAGAACAAAUGGAGAAUUUUUUGAUUGGGUUCCAUGAAAUUAUCCCCAAGGACUUGGUUGCCAUUUUUGAUGAAAAGGAAUUAGAACUAUUGAUUUCUGGGUUGCCUGAUAUUGAUGUAUCGGACUGGCAAAAUCAUACUUCCUACAACAAUUACUCUCCUCUGUCGCUUCAAAUACAAUGGUUCUGGAGAGCUGUCAAAUCAUUUGACAAUGAAGAGAGAGCCAGAUUAUUGCAAUUUGCUACUGGGACUUCCAAAGUGCCAUUGAACGGUUUUAAGGAGUUAAGUGGUGCCAGUGGAACUUGUAAAUUCAGUAUUCAUCGUGAUUAUGGUUCUACAGAUAGAUUACCCUCGUCGCAUACAUGCUUCAAUCAAAUUGAUUUACCUGCUUACGAUUGUUAUGAAACUUUGAGGGGAUCUUUGCUAAUGGCUAUAACUGAAGGGCACGAAGGUUUCGGACUAGCAUAA